UUAAAGAAAACUGAAAUAAAUGAAGACAACUUGUAUAUGGAUAAAAUAUGGUUUCAAUGUGAGAACGAGAAUUGUUUAAAAUGGAGGUUGUUAUCUAGUGAAGAUGCUGCCCAGGUUGAUCACAAUGAGCCAUGGUUUUGCUUCAUGAACACUGACCUAAACCAUAACACAUGCUCUGCUUCUGAAGAAUGCUUUCCUGAAGAGUCUCAUGUUCUUAAAAGUGGAUUUAAAUAUGUCUAUUCACAACUUCCUAUAGGAAGUCUAGUCUUGGUGAAAUUGUACAGUUGGCCAAGUUGGCCAGGUAUACUUUGUCUUGAUCCUUUAAUGGGGGAAUAUGUGACCUGUGACCUGGAUGGAAAUGUUGAAUGCUAUCAUGUAGAAUUCCUGGGUAAUCCACAUUCAAGAAAAUGGAUAAAAGCAAACAGUGUUGGUCAUUAUAGUAUCACAUUAAAGCCAGAAAAAUGCAAACUUAAUAAAAGAUGGUAUGAAAGUGCUCUACAAGAAGCAUACCUGUUAUAUGCAUUUUCUCAUGAGCAAAGACUGGAGAUGUGUCUUCUAUCAAAAAGAGGGAUGCCAUUAAUGGACGAACCUGAAGCAAAUAUUAAAGCUGCCAUGAAAGCCAAGAAAAGAGAAAGAAUUCUUCAAAUAUUUUUUGAAAUAGUCUGUUCAGAUGAUGCGUUAUUAAAGGAGAACAGAGUUGUUUGUGAGACAGAGGACAUACUAAAAGAUCUUGAACAAAUGCUGCAGGAAGCAGGAGAACCCGUGAAGUCCUUUGGGGAGACAGAUGCACAUGGAGAUGAAAUACAUGCAGAAGGAAAGGUAUCUCUGUGCAACACCGAAGCUUCAGAAGAAAUCCUAUGUGAAAACCAGUGCGAAGAGGAUGGUCUUAUAAUUGAUGGAGUGCUCUUCAGAACUGGAGAAUGUAUUGAGAGUAUAACUGACAAGUUCAAAGAAAUAGAUGCUUUGAUGUCUGAGUUUUAGACUAGCAUGUAAGUGACUAAAAUGACCUAUUCAAGCAGCUAUCCAUUUUCAGAUGACACAGGUAUUUAAAAUAUAAGGUCCAGGAAGCAAAAGCAGUACAGAAAUGAUACAUUUAUUCAUUUAAAAUUUAUUACUUAACUAUGGCAAUCAAAUGAUGUCCAUGUGAGUACUUAAGACAAAAGUAAAUAAAAAUUUAACAUUUA